ACCUCAUUAUUACCACCACCACUACAUACUACCCUACCCAUGAGCUAGUCUCAUUUCGUAUCUAUACCACUAAUGUCCGGUUCCUCUACCCCGUCCUCGUCCUCGUCACCCUCCUCGUCGCCGGCAUCAUCGCCGCCGACAACGCCCCCAAAUCUUCAUCAAAACACCAUCGAUCCUUCGGCUCCAUGGCUCGUACAGAAGUUUGGCGGAACCAGCGUUGGAAAAUUUGCUGUCAAGAUCGCGGAAGACAUUGUAUCGAACUACAUAGACUCGAAUAAAGUCGCUAUUGUAUGCUCUGCGCGGUCCGGUUCUACCAAGGCGCUAGGAACGACCAACCUCCUCCUACGAGCCGCUUCUGAGGCCCUAGUCCGUCGAAAAACUGGCGGAGUCAGCACACCUGGAACUGGUACGGUCACACCGACACUUUUCGGCCGAAUCAAGGAUACGUCGCAGUCUCCGCCUAUGUCUCCUGUGAGGAGCAGAUCCUCAUCAGAUCACCAGCGUCAAACAUUUAACUGUCUCGCUCCGUUGUCCGUGCCCCAGGCAGGCCAGGAAUUGCCGGCUUACAAUGUUACAGUUGACCUCAUCCGCCAGGAGCACAUCAAUGCUGCUAGGGAGAGCGUUAGGGACCCUGACAUCCGAAAAGAGCUCGAGGCUGAGAUAGAAAGCGACUGCGAUUGGCUUCGCAGCUUUUUGUUUGCGUCGCAGGUCAUCGACGAAAUCUCUCCUCGUUCCCGAGAUAGUAUCAUCGGACUCGGUGAACGUCUGGCUUGUAAAUUCAUGACAGCCGUGCUCCGGGAUCAAGGCAUCGACGCCGAGUAUGUUUCACUGGAGGACAUCGUACCAGAAAUGGACGAGGACUCCUAUGCUGAUGGCUCCUUAGACCAAGCCUUCUACGACCGCCUCGCCAUCGCCGUAGGCGAACGCAUUGAAAUGUGUGGGCAGCGCGUCCCUGUGGUCACAGGUUUCUUUGGACCUGUUCCCGGCUCGUUAUUACGACAAGUCGGAAGGGGCUAUACGGACCUGCUUUCCGCCCUCCUGGCCGUCGGCGUCAAAGCAUCAGAACUGCAGAUAUGGAAAGAGGUCGACGGGAUCUUCACUGCGGACCCUCGCAAGGUGGCCACGGCUCGUGUAAUCCCAUUCAUCUCGCCCGAUGAGGCGGCCGAGUUGACGUACUAUGGGAGCGAAGUCGUGCAUCCUUUCACCAUGGAGCAGGUCAUCCGGAAGAAAAUCCCCAUUAGGAUCAAGAAUGUGGAGAAUCCGGCAGGCUUGGGGACUGUCAUUUACCCAGACCUGGAGGAGGGAGACGAAGUCCCGGUCGCUAGACGGUUAGUCACAGAUCACGAUGCACUAGGUCAAGAUAACAAGAGGGCGACCGCUGUGACUAUCAAGGAGCACAUCGUCGUGUUGAACAUUAAUUCUAACAGGAAGAGUGUCUCGCAUGGAUUCCUCGCUGGAAUUUUCUCUACGCUCGAUAGAUUCGGAGUCGUGGUGGAUCUUAUCAGCACGAGCGAGGUGCAUGUCAGUAUGGCUAUCGAAGAUGGGCUAGUCCCGAAAAUUAUGGACCGCCUCGUUAGGGAGCUCCGUAAGAGUGGGACGGUGUCUGUGCACCAAGAUAUGGCUAUCCUUUCCCUCGUAGGGAAGCAGAUGCGCAAUAUGGUUGGGAUUGCGGGAAGCAUGUUCACCACGCUUGCGAAGGGUAAUGUCAACAUAGAAAUGAUAAGCCAGGGGGCUAGUGAGAUCAAUAUCUCAUGUGUCAUUGAGGGAAAGGACGCCGUCAAGGCGCUGAAUCUGAUACAUCAGAGCUGCUUGCAGAUUCCGCCACCAUCGCAAGGAAGAAUAGGGCCGUGGCUUUUCUAAUUGCUAGUCGCGUCGUAUAUAAAAGUAUAUUUCGAUAUAGAGAAAGUAGAAGAAGUUUUUGAGAGCGGUCUGUUGGAUUAUAAUUGUGCUACUCUUCAUGUAUUGUUUCCAGCCUAUUCGACAAGCGGAUCGAAGUUACAUGAACAUUAUUAAGGAUGUGUUUAUGACGGCCUUGC